UAAAUUAUAUUUUAAUGAAUCUAGUCUAAAUUUUCAAUUGAAUAAUGUAAAGUUGCUCUUUACUUAAAUUAAAAAGAUUUUACUGUUUGAAAUUUAAUCAUGGAAUUACCAUUCGAAGUAUUAGUUUACAUUUUUAAAUAUCUACCAAAGUCAGACAGAAAAUAUGCAAGUGAGACAUGUCACUCCUGGUAUUUAGCCGCUAAUGCUUAUUGCUUCUUAAAGAAUAAAGUAGUUGUUUUAUACAAAUCUAUAGACAGUGAUGAGAACACAUCUAAUCUGAGCAUCUUUGAGAAUUCAGCCACUGUUUAUACCAACUACUUAUUCAAUGAAGUGGAAAUAUCAAGUAAAUUAAAUGGUUUCUGGGAGAGGACUGGAGAAAACAUUAAAAGCUUGACUUUUAAAAAUUGUGACAUGUGUGAAAAGGUGUUUGUGAACAUCCUACACGAAUGUCCGAAUUUGGAAUCAUUGAAUAUUGAAAGUUGCAAAGAUCUUUUCAUGUCAGGCCGUCUAUUAGAAGGAAAAACCGAUGGCCUGUUGGUAAAUAAUCUAGAAAAUUUGAAGUCAUUAAGCCUCUCAGGCAACCAGUACCUCACGGAUGCACUAUUUAGCCGUUUUGUGAAAGCUGCUCCAGCUCUUGAACAUUUAAACUUAUCUGGUUGCUCGCUGCAAUUUCAUUUGGGACUAGUGAAAAAAUUUUAUCCCAGUGGAACUAACAUUUUUGAGAAUCCAUCAGAGAGUGUGUUAACAUUUUAUUUUGUAUUGCAAUUUAUAGUUUCUCAUGCUCAAAGUAUAAAAACUCUGCAGUUCUCAAGUACUCUUAUAGAUGGUGCUGCUUUAAAAUCAUUAUCGGAAGCUGUUAACCUUGAAUUAAAUACGUUGGAAGUCCAUUCUUGUGAUCAACUAACUAAUACGGGUAUACUGGCUCUAACUACACAUCAGAUUAUGUUAAAAGAGCUAGACAUAGGUUUAUGCACUAGAGUAACUGACCAAUCUUUAGUUCACAUUUGUAACAAUUUAAUUAAUCUAGAAAAUUUGAAUAUUCAAAGAUGCAGAGCUGUUACUGACUUAGGUAUAUCGGAACUACACAAAUUAAAAAAAUUGAAGAUAUUAAAUAUUUCACAGUGUGAAUUGAUUACAAAAGAAGGACUUAAAAAUGGUAUUUGUGCUGAAGAGAAUUCAGUUUUAGAAGAAUUGGAUAUACACUCAUUAAACUUAGAUCAAACCGGGGUCAUAAUGAUAUCAGAGAAGUUGCCAAAUUUACGCUCAUUGGACUUAAGUUACUGUUUCAAUGCUGUAACGGACACAUCUAUACAGGUUGUAUUUAAAAAUCAAGUUUUCUUACACACCUUGAAAAUCAGUCAUUGCGACAAAGUGUCUGAUGCUGGUUUAACUGGGAUGGGGAAGUUACAACAAGAUGGUGAUGAUGAUUCACCUAUAAUGUCCAACUGUGAUGAAGCUCCCACACAUCAGAAAAUACAUUUAGGCUCAAGAGCUGAAGAAGAGAUCGUUCGAGAUGCGAAUAGAAAAAGAAAUGUUAUGAGAAUGUGUGAAAAUAUACUAACAAUGGACUCAUUUACAGGUUAUUCUUUGGCACGAUUGAAACAUCUUAGAGAAUUGGAUAUGAGCGGUUGUAAUAGAAUGACUGAUGUUAGUUUGAGAUAUGCAUUUUCCUUCAAGGAGCUAGUAAAUCUUAACUUUAGUAGAUGCCAACAAAUAACUCAUGAAGGUGUAGGACACUUGGUAAGAAACUGCCCGAGCAUUGAAUAUUUCAAUUUAACUGAUUGCUAUAACUUAAAGGAUGAUGCAGUUACGGAAAUCGUAAAAGGAUUACGAAGAUUACACACUCUUGAAUUACGGGGUUGCAACCAACUGACUGAUAGAUCAUUAGAGGCUAUUAGAUCACAUUGUGAGAAGCUGAAGUUCCUGGAUGUGCAAGGCUGCAGAUACAUGUCUCCGGAGCUGGCCUGUGCUAUUGGAGCUCUGCCCACACUGCACACCGUGCUGAUGACUAAACCGGGGCCGUAUAUAACAGAAUCCGUUAAGAAUAGGUCACCUGCACCAACAUUUCUACCAUCAUUGAUGAGGAAGCUGCGCUUACAUUGA